AUGGAGGAAAGUUGUCCAAUAUGUGGGAAAGCAAUCGACCAGAAACUACUAGAACGACACGUCAACAGUUGUUUGGACAAUCUUGAAGGAACAUCAGCCACAAGAGCUGAUCUGGUGGGCACCGAUGUAGAUGACUCCAAUGAUGAUAUUCACAUAGUUGGCACCAGGAAACGCGAUGCGUUCAGUGCACUUGGAUUAAAAGCUGAUUCAUCUCAAAAGAAGAAGAAGGGGAAGAGUGAUGUCAAGGGUCCUACAUUGACGAGUUUACUCCUUCAAGAACGACGCGUAAAACAGGAAUUAAGACAGAGCCCGCAAGAGAAACCAAAAGAGCCCCCACUCGAAGAACAGUUGAAAGAAAUGGCAGCAGCAGUUAAUGCUUCCCAGAUCAAGAAAGAGGAGAUCGUCGAGGAACCACCGAAAAGACAAUCCGAUAUACUUGCAAAAGCCAAUGAAAUGCACGAAUUGAAACGGCUUGCUGGUCUUCCACUAGCACACCGGCUUCGUCCUAAAUCAUUAGACGACUUUUACGGACAAGAACAUCUUCUUGGGAAAAAUGGACCAUUACGAAACAUAAUUGAAGCUGAUCACAUCCCAUCAUUUCUUUUAUGGGGUGGUCCAGGGAUAGGUAAAACCACACUAGCGCGAAUAGUAGCUAAAUCCACCAGUUGCAAAUUUGUGGAAUUAUCCGGAGCGGACAGCAAUGCCAAGGCACUCAAACAAGUGUUCACCCACGCUGAAAACCAUCGGAAUUUAACUGGACAGCGGACAAUCUUAUUCCUUGAUGAAAUCCACAGAUUUAACAAAGCAGUACAAGAUUUGUUAUUACCAGCAAUUGAAAAGGGAAUAGUCACGGUGAUUGGUGCCACUACUGAAAAUCCAUCAUUUACAUUAAACAAUGCGUUACUUUCUCGAGUUCAUACGUUUGUGAUGGAACCAUUGACUCUGGAGUCAAUUGUGAAAAUCCUUGGUCGCGCCUUGUAUGAGGUGAAUAAACUUCGAAAACAAUUGUAUGGCAUGCAUUAUAUUUCCUUGCUGAAAGAUGCGUUUGAUUAUAUUGCGGGUUUGAGUAUGGGUGAUUCGCGAGUGGCAUUGAAUAUCUUGGAAUCUGUGAAUGCUUAUUUGUCUACAUCCAAAUUUUCCACCGAUAAUGAAGAGGCACAGAAGGAUAUCCCAGAACUGCAAAACAAACAGGGCGUCAUCAAAAUAACAGAGUCUAUUCUUCGACCGCUCUUGAAAACUAGGAAUUUCCAUCAAGUGUACGAUAGGAAAGGAGAAUCACAUUACGAUAUAAUCAGUGCAUUUCAUAAGUCGGUGAGAGGGUCAGAUCCCGAUGCUGCCAUGUUCUACUUGGUGAAAAUGCUCUCUGGAGGAGAAGACCCCUUAUUUAUUAUUAGACGGAUGAUAGUCAUUGCUUCUGAGGAUGUUGGAUUGCGUGACAGUUCGUGCUUACCGUUUGUGGUUGCUGCAAAAGACGCACUUGAAUUUGUAGGUAUGCCCGAGGGAGAAAUCAUAUUGGCCCAUGUUGCCAACAAAUUGGCGCGAGCACCGAAAUCAACAAAGUCGUACAGAUCAUUACGCACUGCUCAGAAAUUGAUUAGCGAAGAACCGGAACUUACCAAGUUGCCUGUUCCAUUACAUUUGAGGAAUGCACCUACCAAGUUGAUGAAAGAGUUGGGGUAUGGUCAGGAAUACAAGUACAAUCCAAGUUUUGCCUAUGGGAAAGUGAAACAGGGCUACUUUCCCGAAGGGAUGGAACCAGUGAAGUUUUUAGAGGAUGUGCAUCUUGGUCAUGCCCAGGAUCCACAGGUGUCUGAAAAGGAGUAUGAAUCGAGUAGAUUAGCAGUGGAAGAUUAUGAGAAGUUUAAGCGGAGUUAUAGAGAGAAGUUAAGACAACAAUAUAAGAAUGGUACUAAGAAAGAGAAAAAUGGAGAACAGACGCAAUAUAAGAAAGAGCCAAGCUUUGGAUAUGACGAGUUUUUAGAUAAGGAUGCCCAACCAGAGUAUUUUGAAGGAGAGGGUCAUCUGUACUCUGACGAUGAUCCUGAAUGCACCAACAAUUUCGGAAAAUCUUAUGAUGAGUUUCUUGAUCCUGAUAGUCAGCCAGAUUAUUUUGAUGAUGAUACAGAAGCUGAUUUGGAUCAAGACUGAUUAGGGAACGUGGCAAUCGCUAAAUUAUGUAAUUUUCAUACUGUAAUAAUUAGAAUAACAUAUAUAAAAUACAAUUGCUUUGCAAAGCAAACUUGCUUUA